AUGAAUGGAACCUACAACCCAUCCACAAGUAUAUAUUUAUAUUUGUGUUUCACUCAUGUUCAAUUCCACCAGCAGCCUUUCAACUCACAAGCUAUAGGGGCAAGCUUGGGCAAGGUCACUGCCCAACUGUCCCCUGCAAAAGGGUAUUUGGCUUUUGGUCCUGCAAAAGGGCUUUUUUUUGGUCCUGCAAAAGGGCAAUUUCUAAGAGCCAUGGCCACAGAGAUUGACCCCUUGGACAUGCUCAUCAGGCCUCCUCGCAACAGCUUUGAAGAGGUGGAUGCCUACUGGUCCUACCUGGAGUGCACAACACCUCACUGUGGUGGAUGGCUGUGGAGGAGGCACUUGGCAGAUCCCACAUGGGGUUUGAAGUGCUACCACUGCAAUGCUUCUUGGAGGGAAGCAUACUUGCAGUUUGGGUUCAGUCACUGGAACCCAGUGGCCAAAAGAAGGACCAGGCUGGAGCCACAACAGGCAGAAUCUUGCAGGAGCCUGUGCAAGCUCAGCAAGCUCUUGGCUGCCCUGGUGGAGGUGUCACCUUCUGCAAAGGUGAAGUACAGGUACCUGAAGCACAGCAUGGUGUACUUGCAGCAGACAUGGGGCUGUGAGCUGCUGUCUGCACACUGGACAUGUGAGAAGGGCUUGCUGGCAGGGAGGGCAGCAGAUGCACUGCUUGUGGUUCUAAACCACUGGAGAAGGUGCACUGCUUCCCCCACAGCAUGGCAAAGGUUUUGCUCCAAGCUGGAUGAAAGCCAAUGCCAGCUGAUGGAGCAGGUGAAAAAGAAGAUGGUGAUUGAGAAGCCAAAGAGAAAGCUGCUGCCAAAUGUGUCAGAUGUGAGCAUGGACUCCAAGGGCUUCCCAGCCAUGACAGCCCAUGGAAAAGAGGAGGAGGAGGAGUCAGAAGAAGAAGAAGAAGAGGAAUAUGAUGAGACAGAGAAGGAAGAUGAGGAUGAGAAGGAGGCUGUGACAAAGAAGGCCAAAAAAAGCGACCUGGAUGCCAUGGAAAGUUCCCCACCACCUGUGGUGAAAAAGGACUGGAGAGCUGCAGCAGGCUGCAACAUAAAGAAGCCUGCCUCCAAGCUGGUGGGCAAGAAGAAGGGGAAGGUGAGUGUUGCAGGCCUUGCAAAAGGGCCUAAAGCAAAGACAGGCCCUGGAAAAGGGCCUAGCAAGUGCAAGGGCACUGAAAAAGUGCUCAUUCACCAGGCUAGCAACACAACCAAGACACACAAGGAAUUGGUGGAACUUUUGCUCCCUGCCUGCAAGAAGGCAAAGGCCACAAAGGCUGAUGUAGGGCCUGGCUUCUGCACACAGCAACUGGGCCUUGUACAAGGGCUCCCACUACAGGCCUUGGAAAGGGGCUUGGACUUGGAAGGUCCUGCAAAAGGGCUGGCAAUGGAACCAAAAGAGGAGCCAGACUGGGAGGCUGAGCAAGUUCCAAGAAGGAACAGGAAGUCUUGGGCUGACCUGGCUGCAGAAGAAAAGAAGGAGCCUGCCAAAAAGGAUGGCAAGCAUGAGCAGAAAAAUGAAUGGUGGGAGGAGGACUGGAAAAAAGGUGGUAAAAAGUGGGAUGACUGGUGGGAAGAAAAAGAGGAGCAAUGGCAAGCAUGGUCCAAAAACCAGAGGUGGGAACCAGAUGGUGAGGAUACAGAAGAGGAGGAAGUGCCUUCCAGCAGCACCCAGAAGAAAAACAAAUGUGGCUCACAGAAAGAAAGGGCCAAGAGAAGGUGGCUCAUGAAAACCUGCAAGAAUGAGAGCCAAGAGGAAAAGGAGAAGCUGGGUGCCUUGGGAGCAUGCAGGCUGAAAAGGCUCCUGGACAGGCAAGAAGACAGGAAAAACAAGCUGGAAGCAGCCCAGCUGGCACAGGCAGCAGCAGGAAAUGCUGCAGCUGCUGCCCAAGCUGCCCAGGCUGCAGCUGCAUCUGCCCAAUGGCAACAAUGGCAGAUGCAGCAGGCCCAGCUGGUGGAAGCCCAAGCCAUGUGGCACCACCAUGCCUACUACCAAGGUCAAGGUGGCCAGCCACACCAAUGGGGCUGGCACCACCAGACCAUGGAGCAGCCUGUGGAGCAGCCCAAGCAGCCAAAGCCACACAGGCACCAGCCAGGACCAGUGGCCACUGGCAGUGCUGCAGCUGGUGCUGGUGCAAAAGGAGGAUCCCAGGGGCCAGCCCCAGCACAGCCUGGGAGAAAAGGCCAAGGCAAGACUGCCAGGCCAAAGAGGGCAACACACCCACCAGCUGACCUGCAUGGCAAGAGGGCUGAAGCUGCAGGGGCACUGGAUGGGAUUGAAGUGAAGGAUGAGGAGUCCUCUGAUGGCUGGCAUGAGGAAACUUCUGUUCAGCAGCAUUUAGGUUUUUUUGGCCUUGAGAGAGGGCUACCCAAGAUGGCACCCAAAAAGGUCAUGAAGGUGCUGAACUUGAAGUUAAAAAGGCCUGCAAGUGCCUUAGACCAGCUGAAGAAAGAUGAAGGAGAGGGAAUGAGCUUGGAAGACAAGAUGGCUGCCUUUCAGAAGAAAGGCAACCAGGAUGUGGGGCAGUUCCUGGACACCCUGACAAAAGGUCAGAGGGAAGCACUGUGGCAGAGGUUCUCCUCUGCCAGAGCCAGCAUGAAGGACAAGGAGUGUGAUAACCUAUGGCAGGAAGUGGCCAAAGGAAAAGGCAGUGACCCAGCAAAGAAGAAGCUUUUGGGCUGCUUCUUGAAGCUGGGAGGAGACCUGAAGGGGAAAAGGGAGGUGUACCUCCAGGAGCUGGUGUCUUACACCAAAAGCUCUGGUGAAAGGAGCUCAGAGGAGUGGGUGCCUUUUGCUGUGGUGCUGCAGCGGUUUGGCCUCCAUGAGUGCAUGAGAAGGGUAAAGAGAGGCAGCAUAGGUGUCAGAAAAGACCCUGCUGACCCUGCUGAGUGGCAGUUCACCUUGAGGAAAAUAAUCACAUGGACUGAAGAGAAAAGCCAGCAUGAACUAAAAGGUGAAGCAAAGGCCAAAGGAGAAGCCUGUCAGUGGCUGGAGCUCAAAGCCCAAGGCCUUCUGGCAGAUGGGGAAGGGCCUGCUGCAAGCUCCAAGGCUGCCAAAGCUUUGGAGGAUGUGCUGAGCAAAGACAAAAGCAAGUUGGCAAUCAUGGACAAGCAGUCUGGGCAAGCAAGUGAAGAAGAGGCAGCAGCCAGCCCUAAGAAAGAUGAGGAUGAUCAGGUGGUGGAAGCUGACCUUCUCUCUGAGAUGGGAAGCAAAGUUGCUAAGGAAGAGGCCCAAGUGAGGGUGAAGAGAAUGAUGAAGCUCCUGAAAGGAGUGAAGAAGGAGGUUGGUGCAGCAAAGGCUAAGUCUUUGGACCUGUGCCUGGCUGACCUUCAGAAGCUGGACAAGAAAGGGAAAAAGGUCAGCCUGGAAGAAGCCAAAGGGAAGCUGUUUGAUGCUGCCCUGCAGAUCAAGAAGGAGCCCACUGCAGAGGAGCAUUUGAGCCCUCUUGGCCUAGCACUUCUGGAGCAAUUUGCACAUGGGAUGUCUGGCCCUUCUGUUCAACACCUUGCUUUGGCUGCUGUGAAGUCUGGUGCUGCAACAGAUGACAUCCAAGUCUUGGCCAGCCUGGGAAACUUUGGCAGGAAUGAAAACCAUGUGGCAGGACAAAUCACUUCAAGGUUUUGCAAAAAUGAUUCCUUGGACCUCCCUGUGCCUUACUGCUUUGAAGCUCCAGUCUUGAAGAAAGGCACAGACAGCUGGUACCUAGCAAAUCAGACUUUGGCAGUGUUCUUGCCCCAUGAGUGGUUCUCUUGGGUGGAACAUCAUGACAAUGUUUCUGGCUUUUCUGGGUUGCAGAGCUUUUGGGAUGAGCAUGAUGCUGCUGAUCCAAAGCUGUGCAAGAAUCCCAUGAAGGGCAGCAGUGUCCACUAUGAUACUUUGCACUGCCUAGAAGAAGGGGUGGCAGCACAUGCCCUGGCCAACACCUUCUUUGACCUAGUUGUGAGAGGCCAUGCUGGAGCUGGGACCCAGGAUCAAAACCUCCAGGCUGUCUACAGGCAGAUCAGGCAACAGUACUUGGAACAAGGCAUAGAUGCCAGCCACAGGAUUAAAAAAAUGAGCCUCACAAAUUUUUCAGCCAGGGAGAAGAAGUAUGAAAAGUUUCCUGAUUUAACAGGAUUCAAGGCAAAGCAGAUUCGCUACCUUGUGCCUGUGAUGGCAGAGAUUCCGCAGUUCUACACUGAUGAGGAUGAUGCCUAUAGCCUCCAUAGGCUCCAAUGCUUACAGAACUUGAACAGCAUGUAUGAGCUCAUGGACUGUGGCCUUCACAUGGGCAAGGAGAGCAUCUUGCAGUUCAAAAAAGUUACAGACCUGUGUCUUCUUCACUUUGCAAGGUGUGCAAAGCUGGCUAUGGAAGCUGGGUUGCUCCAAUGGAACCUGAUCCACAAGCACCACCUUGUUGCCCACAUGCCUGCUCAAGCUGCCUAUUUGAACCCAAAGCUGGUCUCAACAUACUCAGGUGAAACAAUGGUGGGAUUUAUGGCCAGCCUGGCCCAUGCCUGUCUGAAUGGAAGUCCUCCCCACUUGGUACCUGAACAAGUCCUGUGGAGGUUCAGGUUGGGAAUGUGGCUGAAAUACAUCCAUGGAUCAGAAACUUUGGAGUCUGAGAGCAGCAGUGGUGAGUAG